GUAAAAAACCACUAGGUAUAUACCUAUGGCGUGACUUAAUUCUAAAGGCGCUUGCGCGUUGCUAUUGGUUAUGGAGUGCAUUCCAACCAAUCAGAACUGACUUGCGCAGUAGGAACAAAAACUCGUUCUCAGACGAGUACGAUCUUUCGUCGUACGAACAAUGCACGCAAUAAUGUCGUCGAGUUGCAUUUCGCGGGAAAAACAGGAACUAACAAGUUAGAAACGCGUAACCAUCUAUGUUAACGUGUUAGUCUAUGCCCUCCCCUUGGCUUCUCUCAAGAAUACGUGUGGACAUCUGUGCGUGCGGCAAGCGCCAACUGUCUGUAUACGUGAGAGUGCAUGCGUGGGUGUCGCAGCAGGCGUUUCUUUAUGAAUAGACAAAUGGUGUUCCUGCUUCGAGUGCAUUGUGGUGAGUGUGAAUUUCUCAGUGGAAACUUGUGCCGGAAUUGAGUAAAAAGUAGUGUUAUUAAAUUCACCACGAAGAAGCGUGCCCUUCCACUCUUCGAGCAUCAAAUAUACAACUUCGUUAAUGCACACAUGCUAGAUGUCGUGGAAGGGGUAACAAAAACACCUGUACACUAAAUCCAUAGAUACAGCGUGGAGUCACUGGAAACAAGGGAACAGUCGCGUCUCGAUGGUCGUGGAAAUCACGAUGGAGGGAUCUUUAUCACCGGAAGCGUUGUGCUACGUCGCCUAACCGUGAACAUCUCUUAUGCUGCAUCGUUCUCAAAAACAAAAAGUUAAACAACACGUGACGAUCAGUUAGCCUGGCCGUUCAUCCGUUCGCCUGGUCGUCCACCUCUUCUAAACCGUCCUGACACAACGUUUAACGGGGGUAUAAAAAGAAUAAACAUGGCGGCGGCGUGAGAGAGACAGAUAGAGGGAGCGAGAGAAAAAGAGAGCGAGAGAGAAGUCAGCCAGCCAGCUAGCCAGCCAGUCAGUGUGCCAGAAGCGACGAACUUCGUUUCGUGUCUUUGUUCUGAUGAAGUAAAAGAUGUGCCGUUCUUAAAGCAUCCACCCAUUUAGUCGUACAACGUCGGGAACAACGAGUUUGCACGAUUAAUGCCAACAGGACGUUUCGCCUGUAAACAGUUAUCAAGGUGCGGUCACGUUCGUCGUGUUCGCGGUGUUUGCUUCGAUUUUCAUGCGUGCGGGGUCCACGACCGAGCGUGCGAGAAAUCCACCACUACAGGGUGGCUCGAUUUCGAUUUCAAGCAGGGUUGACAUGAUAUGUCAUUGCCGGAGAUACUUCGAUGCCGGUGACAACGACCGUUUGACAAGUUUAUUAAACUGAUACGAUGCGAACGAUUACGCGAGGACGCUAUCGGAUAUCUCAACGCGUGAACACAUAAUAGAAUCCGUUCAACCAGACGAAUAACUGCCCUAAAAGACUCGAGAAGUUUUUCUACGGUUACGCGCGACAAAUCAUGUGUUAAAUUGAUUAAGAAAUUUUGUACGAUCCAAGUGUAUGGUGUUUACGAAGUUCGAAUCCUUAUCGAUUACUCGCAAUUCGAUUCAAAAUCGAAAUCGGGCGAUCUCGUUGGACGGAAUCAUCGAACAAAGGGCCAAGUGUAUGACAAAAUGGUGUUUACGAAGUUCGACUGAAGUUUUAUCGAUUAUUUGCAGUUCGAUUCAAAAUCGAAAUCGGUGAAUCCCGUUGGACAUAAAAAUAUUGAACGAAGGGCGAGUGCAUAGCAUGCAAAUAGCGUUUACGAAGUACGACUGAAUCAAUGUCGAUUACUCGCAGUUUGAUUCUAAUUCAAAAUCCGUGAAUACAGUUUGACACAAAUAUCAAACGAGGAACCAAGCGAAUGAGAUGCAAAUAGUGUCUACAAAACUCGACCGAAUCCUCUACGAUUGUUGACAGUCCGAUUAAAAAUCCAAAUCGGUGAAUAUUCGAAGGGCCGAUGGUAUAGCAUGCAAAUGAUUACGGUUCGACUCUGUUCUUAUCGAUUACUCGAAAUUUUCAGUCGUUCGAUUCAAAAUCGAAGUCGGUGAAUCCUGUUCGAUGUAAAUAUCAAAGAAAAAGCCGACUGUACAAAUGCAUUUGCAAAUUUCGGUCGAAGACGUAUCGAUAGCUCGCAGUUCGAUUGAAAAUCGAAAUUGAUGUUCGAACGAAAAGCAGUUAACGUACUCGGCUAGAAUAAUAUUCUCCCUGCAAGAGGAAGAGAAAAAAGGUUCGAUGGAGCGAAGUCGUGCAAGUUGGCCGGCCUGGUGCCAAUAACCUCCGCGGUUAGGAAGUAGACAGUUCCCGCACGAUGCGUUUGCCCUCGUGCUCGAUACAUUAUAAAAUUAGACGUUCGAAAGUUCGCGCGAAGGCGAAAAAGGGAUCGCAUCGUUUCCAUGCAGCAAAGAAGGUGGUAACACUGACUGUCGGUGACGACGAGCGAAGGGUCAAGCGGCGAAGGGAGUUAAUACGAAUCGGAUGAAUAACUGGCGACGAGACAGGGCGGGGGGAGGGAGAGGGUAGACAGCUGUGCACAGUCGGAAGUGACGUCAGACGGUGGGUUCAUAGUUCCUCUUAUUUUUCUCGUUCGUGUAUUCUGGCCGCUCGCGAAGGGUCGACAAGCGAGACGGGGCUCUUUUGGCGAACGCUCAUUACCGUCGCCCGGCGAUCAUUGCAAUUUCUAGUCCGCUGCAUUUACACCACGAGAACCACGUGUUUUCCUUGAUAAUAUUUUUUAGACGAUCAAUUGUAUUUCGAAAGAAACGCGCACUUAACGAGCGGUCAUCGAGGACAUUCUGGACGCAUCUUAGGAGACUUAGCAACCUCGAGGUUCGUUGGCGUCCCGCGUGGGGGACGCGUCAUUUCCGCUCAUCAAAUUUUCGACGUCGACGUCGAUGAGACUGAAAGCAAAUCGCGUUAACGAUUUUUAGUCGAUUAAUUUAUUGUAAAACGGAUCGACCAAAUUUACUCCUAUUUAUACGUAUACGAUAAAAAGUACCGAAGAGCCAGAGCAAUAAAAGAGGAAACAAGAAGAAAUAAACGACUUAGCGUACUGUUAAUCGCGAACGAACCAAUAUGUUUUUUUAUUGUUCCAACGACAAUACAAAUCGGUGACACGUUAAGGUUAUUUCGAUGGUUGCCUGUUUCGUUACUCGACCAAUCAGCCUGUCCACCAAAAAACACACGCUUCAAAUGGAUACAAAUGACUAGCUUAAUUCUAUCGGCGAACACGUUCGAGAUGUCGCUGUCAAGACCAAACCUGUUCGUACCCGCGAGCGCGAUCUCGACGCAGACGUACAUCACGUCUAGCGAGACCAAUCAUCUGCCACCGUUGAAGGGUAGCACGUUGGCCCUGAAGCAGUCGACCAGCGAGUCGUCGCCCAGUUAUUUGACCCGAUCUGCUCACAUGGCCGGUACUCAUCUACCGAGCUUGAGCUCCAGCGCCAACAACAGCCUGCUGAGCCUUACGGGCAACUCGGAGAGCCUGAACCUGAGCCUGAGCUCUCAUACCAGCCACAAUUCGAGUCAGCAUGAUUCCAGUCACGUCACAGCUCACAAUUCCAUCCGUAACACCAGUCAUUCGCAGCCGGACGGUCAGUCGAGCACCGCGUUGGCGAAGAACGGAAGGGCGAACGGUAGUUCCUGCGGCAGCGCCGGCGCCUACAAGCCGAAGACUAUCACCGCGACCCCAGAUGCCGUGCUGAAGAUCUACAAGAACAGAUUGACGCCGUACGAGCACCAGGAGAUCCUCGACUACCCGCAGAUCUACUUCAUCGGUGCGAACGCGAAGAAGAGGCCCGGCAUACUUGGCCGGCCGAACAACAAUGACUACGACAACGAACACGGUUCCUACAUCCACGUGAACCACGACCACGUGGCCUACAGGUACGAGGUGCUGAAAGUGAUCGGCAAAGGUGCGUUCGGACAGGUGGUGAAGGCGUACGAUCACAAGAAACAGGAACACGUAGCCCUGAAGAUGCUGAGGAACGAGAAGAGGUUCCAUCGUCAGGCCCAGGAGGAGGUGAAGAUACUGAGGAAGCUUAGGGAACAGGAUAAGGACGACACGAUGAAUAUCAUUCAUAUGUUCGAUUGGUUCACGUUCCGCAAUCACAUGUGCAUCACUUUCGAGUUACUCAGUAUUAACCUGUACGAGCUGAUCAAGAAGAACAAGUUCCGAGGGUUCAGCAUGCAGCUAGUGAGGAAGUUCGCCCACUCGUUGCUUCAGUGCCUCGUCGCCCUUUACAAGAACAGGAUCAUACAUUGCGACAUGAAGCCGGAGAAUAUUCUUUUGAAGCAACAGGGACGCGCCGGUAUCAAGGUGAUAGACUUCGGCUCCAGUUGCUACGAAAACCAGCGCAUCUACACGUACAUUCAGAGUCGGUUUUAUCGAGCGCCAGAGGUGAUCCUGGGUGCAAAAUACGGCAUGCCGAUCGACAUGUGGAGUCUCGGCUGCAUCCUCGCGGAGCUGUUCACAGGAUUUCCUCUGCUGCCAGGCGAAGACGAGGCGGAUCAGAUGGCUUGUAUCAUCGAACUGCUAGGCAUGCCACCACCCGAAGUGCUCGAAUCGGCGAGACGACGAAGACAGUUCAUCAACUCGAAGGGUUAUCCUCGCUACUGUACCGUGACGACGAUGUCGAACGGUUCGAUCUUGCUAAACGGCAGCAGCUCCAGAAAGGGCAAGAGCCGUGGGCCUCCGGGUUCCAGGAAGCUCAGACAGGUGCUGAACUGUGACGAUCCGUAUUUCGUGGACUUCAUACGGUCCUGCCUACGAUGGGACCCGGAGCAAAGGCUGACACCCAGCAAGGCGUUGAAGCACAUUUGGUUGCGUCGAAUGUUGCCGAAGCUCCCGCAAAACCCUGCCCACGACGUUCUGCCCGCGUUGCCCGCCGCGGCCGCUCCGCCACCUCCGUCGACCACCGGACUGAGGACCUCCGCCACCGGGAGCCGGAGCUCCAGCAAGUCGAACACCUUGCAGACCAACAACACCGAGAACACGAACAAGGUGAAACAGCUGAACGAGUUCCUGCACACCAUGUGUACCAUUUAUUCGGCGUUGCACCGCACCAACGGAACAGACCGACCCGGCCAGCCGGUUUCCGCGAACCAUCAGCCCAGGGUCAGCAGUCAUCCGUCGUUGAACUCCAUCGCGGGUGACGGUGGCAGCAGUGGCGGCGAUGGUUGCAGCAGUAGCACCAGCAGCGGUCAGCACAGUCAUCAGCUACAAAGUAUACAGCACAACAACGGCUCGCACGGAUCCCACGAAUCGCAUGGAUCGCACGGUUCGCACGGAUCCCAUGGAUCCCAUGGCUCCUCGCACUACAGUCGCAGCCUCCUUCGGGUUCGCGGAGUGGGUCGACUCGACCGACGAUUAACGAGGACUUCUUCGAACAGCCGGGACGAUUCACCGAAAUACGAGGCCACUCUUUCUCUUCUUUAACGCGUGUACCGUCGUCGACGUUGCCGUUGUUGGUCUCGGAUGAACAGGCACCCCGUCGACGGUUCAGAAACAAAAUGGUGCCUGCCAAACGACGCCGCCGGUACUGGCUGUGGUAGGGUCGCUCGGCUAGGAGUUCGGGAGACAGAGUGGCCCCGUGAUCGACCUCCAGAUAUUACUGUGAUCUACGCGAUUUCGUUAGUAAACUGGUGAUGGGACUUGCCGAAGACUGUUAACAAUUGGUCGCGAUACCUCGAAUCAUGUACCUCAUGACGUUGCUGCGCGUUGCUGUCCGACACGCUCGUCCCGGAGACAUCCUCUAAGUCGUCGUCGAGUACGUUCCGAUGUUGUUCACUUUUGUACUCGAGAAUAAUGUUAAGUAGAGACACGCUGAUACCGGUCACGUUGUAUCUCGCACGUUGUUGCGUCCUCUUAUCGAGCGGAUACGAGCGUGAGCUCGCUCUGCCAAGGGAACACGGCUACCAAACAAUGAUUCGAGUCAAAGGGUUAUUCGGUCGACGAAGAAGCUUAUUCGAGAUACCAAAGGCAUCUUCGUUGAGACGCGCGAUACCAGCCUUUCACGCGGACAAGAAUCUAAUAAUCAAAGGGCAUGGAGCGGCACUGCCUCGCUGAAUAGAGUCAUCCGGAGCUUUUUAGGUCAGCCGAUUCCUCCGUAAUGCUAUCAGUUGCCAGCAGAAGGGGAACGUUGAUUUUCUAUCGACGCGAACCACUGCUUCUUGUUGAUUAAAGGAUGCGAGACGAGGUAGCUUGUCUUUCGAUUCCAACGAUACUCUGAAACGAGUACGCUUUGUUCCUCUUCGAAUCAUUGAUUAUUAAGCGUCCAUCUUGAUUUCACGCUUGUUUCUUUCAAAUUUACAUGGAAGAUUUACCUGGAUUCGUUAAGAUAUUCUUACGUAGCAGAAUUGUUUAAAUAUUUUAAAUCAAUGUACUUUGCAUUUCUUUUUUUUUUGAGAAGUUUUCAAUCAACUAGCAAAAGGUCUUCGAAGAACUCAAACGAUUAAUUUGUCAGUAUCUGAAAAACUGUAUUUAUUUCACGCACUUAAUAUUUUAUGUAAACGGUUUCAACUAUUAAUUCUCUUUUCUCGGUAAUAAAUUUAUGAUAAAUAAGGUAUUUAUUGAUGGUCAUAUGAAACAUCUGUGUACACUUCAAAUAUUAAUAUCAAAUAUUGAAACAAUAGCAGAGAUAUUACAUAAUAUUAAUGUUGAUGUUGAGCAUUUUAAACAUAUGUAAUUUUUAAAGGCCAUAAUAACCUCUGUUCAUUUCAUGAGUGAAAUUGUGUGAUAAUUUGUUUGAACAUUUUAUACAUAUUUAUAAUGAUUAUUUAAAAUUGUGGUAUCUAAAUCUUUCAUACCUUCAAUUUUGAUAAUAAAUAUUAAUCGUUUGAGGAGUUUUCGGAGUCCAUGUUAGUUCUAAAAUAGGAAAGAUAAGGAUCUCGAAUUCAUUCGAUUAUUCAAGUCUCAAACCGACGCUAAAUAAAUGUCUAAUAUUUAACAGCUUAAAAUACCUGAAACACGAAUAUAUCUUCUGCUGAAAAUAUCUGUGAAUGUCUUCAAUGAUUAAUGUCAGAAUUAUAAAAUCGACAAGAUGUCAGUCACAACUUCGUUGGAGACUAUUUCACGUAAAAAUUUACCUCAAAUCGCGCGUCUCAACGACCUUUGCUAUCUCGGUGAGAUAGAAAUAAAAAAUGGACGAAAGAGCAGCUUGAGAAGCGCGAGCUCUUUGUGUUAGUAAUUCGACUGUUUCAUAAUUUCAAGUCUACAAACUCUUUUUUUAAUGUGCUAUGUGGGACAUUUAAAGUUAGAAGAGUCUUGAUUAUUAGGGAUUGCAAAAUUAAAUCUAUAUUUCUAAAUUAUUCAAUUGAUAAGUUCUCACACUUCCAAAUCUUCAGACAUUAAUUCUUUAAUAUGAAAACUAUUCUCACAUAAAAAUCCCAGUUACAGGUUCUUCUAAUUUAAAGUGCAAUCAGAAAACCCGAAAGGGUGAAGGUCCCACAUCGCACAAGGAGGGUUAAAUGUCCAGUUUUAGAAUCAUGCAUUCUGUUUACACAUCUCACCUAUGAUCUUUUUAUCAGACGAAUUUCACCUUUCCGUAGACUUGUCCUUUUUAACUCUUGCCAAAUGUAUAGCUUUAAGCUUCAAUCGAUACUUUUAGGUAUCUUGCAUUUUUUAUGAGCUUUUUAUAAUCUCUGCUGCACUCGUCAGCAUUUACGGGUGGUUCGAAAAAUCGACAGCAUUUCUACAGUUCUUCAAACAUCACACUGCAUUUGAUUAUGUAAAAUCCUGUGUCAAUUUUUCGAACCCAGAAUUCCUAUUCGAACAUCUUGCGGAUAAAAUUCACUUUGUUUAACGAAUCAGAUUUCAAACUUUCCUGCAUUUCUCCAGUAUUUUAUAAUCCCUGCAUAAUGCAUUUAUCGGUAGAAUUGAGUUACAUCGAGCUACGACCACCGAAUUCGCGAGUUUCGAAUUCGCGGUGGCCGUUCCUGUGGAAAUUCGAUUUACCAGCAGUUUAUUUCGCACUGAGCCAUUUUAACCCUUCCGUACCAAAAGUUAUACGGUACAUAAACUACUUACAAAAUUAUCUCGAAGCUUAUAACAAAUUUAAGCAUCGAGAUGUAACUAAUAUUUAAUUAUUUUAUAAACGAUUAUUUAUAUUUAAUAGCUGCGUUGGACAGCAUUGAAUUGACGACUGUACUUUUUGUAGGAUUUUUUUUAUUUUAUGUAUUUCAUUUUUUACACUAUAAGCUGGCAUUUGCGUAACUAGGAUUUGGGGGUGAAAUUUUAGGAAAAUAUAAGGAAAAGUUUGUAAUACUGAUGGAUAUUGGAAAUAGCAAAUUAUUGGACAUAGAAAUGUAGAUAUUAUUCUUAAUUUCCAAAUUUCAGUUAUUGAAGUUAGAUUUAAAAAUUCUCUUCUCAAAUUUUCAGAUUUAAUUUUGCUACUUUCAAAUUUCCAAGCUUUCAAAUUCUGAUUGAAGUAUGCUGCCUAAACCCACUCUAUCCUAGUUACUCUAAUGCAAUCCACAGAUGUACACGACACACUAAACACCCUAAAGAACAAUUUCCGUAUGCGAGAAGUAGCGUUAAUAAAAAUUUAUGGUUCAAAGGAAGAGAAACAUCGACUUGAGCUCGAAUCCGUCGAGGAAGUCUUGUAGACUCGUCAGCGACCCUGGCACAAGCAAAUUCACGCUAAUUUUAGUUGGGCCGAGCGAAUAAAGGGACGAAAUAGCGUUUCGACGUCGACGUAAAGCUAUAUAACCGGGAACGAGACGUUGGACGAGCAACGAUCAAAAGGAAACAGAGUGGAGAGAGCACGGUUGAAACGUCUCAAUAAUGAAAGAGAAGAAAAGAUGAAACGAUCGGCGCGCGAGAACAAAAAUGGCGAUCAAAGCCGGCGAUCACAUAGGGAUCCACGGCGAAGAAAAUGGAGAAUGUUUUAGCGAGAAGCAAGCAGUGAGACGAGGGUUUAUUAUAAAUCGUGAUACUGAACAAGAUAUCUUGUGAUAUGGAAUUUUAGACGUAUUGGGGUUCAUACUGAUGAACAUAGAUAAAUAUAGAUUAUAUUAUAUAUAUGUAUAUGAAGUGCAUAUAUACAUAUAUAUAUGUAUAUAUACAUAUAUAUAUAUUGUAUUGUACUGUAACGUUGUAACGCUAACCAAGAGACAGAAAAGAGCGGGAAAGCACGAUUAUAAAAUGAACGUGCUUCAGCGAGAAAUAGCCAGCUAAAAUAAUGCGUUA